AGAGAGUAUGUGAUGUCGGGUUGUAGAGUUUGACAUAAAUAUUAAUAAGUCAUAGAAAAGAAAAAGCUGUCUGAGCUUUGCUAGUCGACCUCUGAUUUCUCGGCGACAAGUCAGUCUAUUCCACCUUGAUCUCGUCGACAACUCCCUGUUCACAAAUCCACUCUUCCCCAAGAACAAACCCUUUUAUUAUUAUUAUUAUUUUCUAAUUUUCUUUGGGAGGGGAGAGGAGAGCGAGCAAAAGAGAAUUUUUCGUUUGAUUGUCGUUCACAAAUGAUUUUUCCAUUUUUGGGUCUUCGUCCGUUUUCCCCAGUUUCAAUGUUUUGAUACCCUUUUUUUCUGUUCUGAAAAUUGUCUCUGCUGCCUGCUCGGUGGGUUUGGGUCCGUGGGUUUGUUUUCUUUUUGUUCUGUUUUGGCAAAUGAGUUCAGAUUUUUGUUUUUUCGAAGGUGGGCUUUGAUUUUCAGUUGGGAUUCUGUUUAUGGCUGGAAAUGGAAUCUACACUGCCAGAAUAUACUGAGUCACUUCGUGGGUUCAAAUGUUUCACUUAGACAGUUCUGAAAAAAUUUCCCCCUUUUACUCUUUUAUAAUUUCAUCUAUCUGGGUAGAUGGGAAAAGUUCCAUUACGGAUAUUUAAAGGAACUGAGAAGUGUAAGCAACUCUUCCUAGCUGUAGUUUAGAAUACAAAAAGGAAAAAUUCCUUUUAAAGGUUUGAGUUUGGAUACUGGGAAAGUGACUGGAAUGAAAAGCUAAUGUUGAGCUUAUUCCGUUUGGUGGAUGAAAAGCUCGGAGAAAAAGUAGCUGAUUCUUGAAUUUUGGGUUGAGAGCUGAAGUUUCAUCACCUGGAUUUAGAAAAGUGAUCUUCGUGUUGAUUACUCGAAUUAGUGAUACUGCAAUAUUUGAGUAAUUGGGUCAGAGAUAAACCAUCUUUAUGGUAAAGAACUUGAGAGAAGUUAAUUGAUUUCUGAACAAGUCACAAAUCUUAUCUGCCAGCAUGAAGGCUCCUCCAAACGGGUUUUUGGCUUCUGCUGGAGAAGGAGAGAGGAAGAAUAUCAAUUCAGAAUUAUGGCAUGCUUGUGCUGGGCCACUCGUUUCUUUGCCUCCUGUUGGAAGUCUCGUGGUUUAUUUCCCGCAAGGCCACAGCGAACAAGUUGCAGCAUCAAUGCAGAAGGAGACUGAUUUUAUUCCUAACUACCCCAACCUUCCUUCAAAAUUGAUUUGCAUGCUCCACAAUGUGACAUUACAUGCUGAUUUGGAAACAGAUGAGGUUUAUGCACAAAUGACACUACAGCCUGUAAAUAAACCUGACAGGGAAGCGUUACUGGCAUCUGAUAUGGGUCUCAAACAAAACAGACAACCUUCUGAGUUUUUCUGUAAAACUCUUACAGCAAGUGACACAAGUACCCAUGGUGGGUUUUCGGUGCCUCGACGUGCAGCUGAGAAGAUCUUUCCACCUUUGGAUUACUCAAUGCAACCACCUGCUCAAGAACUAGUUGCUCGAGAUUUGCAUGAUAAUACAUGGACAUUCAGGCAUAUCUAUCGCGGCCAACCAAAGAGGCAUCUGCUGACUACAGGUUGGAGCGUCUUUGUUAGCACUAAAAGACUCUUUGCUGGAGAUUCUGUUCUUUUUAUAAGGGACGAAAAAUCACAGUUACUUUUGGGUAUAAGGCGUGCUACAAGACAACAGCCUGCUCUCUCUUCAUCAGUGAUUUCCAGUGAUAGCAUGCAUAUUGGAAUUUUAGCCGCCGCUGCUCAUGCUGCUGCAAACAACAGCCCAUUUACAAUCUUUUACAACCCCAGGGCAAGCCCUUCUGAGUUUGUGAUACCAUUAGCAAAAUACAAUAAAGCAAUGUACACACAAGUUUCGCUUGGCAUGCGAUUCAGAAUGAUGUUUGAGACCGAAGAGUCUGGAGUGCGCAGAUACAUGGGUACUGUCACUGGUAUAAGUGAUUUGGACUCUCUUCGAUGGAAAUCUUCACAAUGGCGAAAUCUUCAGGUUGGGUGGGAUGAGUCAACAGCCGGUGAACGGCCCAGCAGAGUUUCACUCUGGGAAGUUGAACCUGUUGUAACUCCUUUCUACAUAUGUCCACCUCCAUUUUUCAGACCCAAGUUCCUCAAACAACCUGGGAUGCCAGAUGAUGAAUCUGAGAUGGAAAAUGCUUUUAAGCGAGCUAUGCCUUGGCUGGGAGAUGACUUUGGCAUGAAGGAUACUUCGAGCACAAUUUUUCCUGGCUUGAGUUUAGUGCAAUGGAUGAACAUGCAGCAAAAUAAUCAGCUUUCUGCUGGGCAGUCUGGAUUUUUUCCAUCGAUGGUUUCUUCAGCUGGCAUGCAAAAUAACCUCAGUACCGAUGAUCCAUCCAAGUUACUUAGUUUUCAAGCCCCUGUCAUGUCUGGGGCAAUUACCCCAUUGAGUAAGGCAACUCCAUCAAACCAAAUGCAGCAGUCACCAGUUUCAUGGCCGCAGCAGCAACAGCAACAGCAACAGCAACAACAGCAGCAGCAGCAACUACAACAGCAGCAGCAGCAGCAACAACUACAACAACAGCAACAGCAACAACAGCAGCAAUUGCAUCAAUUAUUACAGACUCCUGCUAACCAACAGCAGCCAAAUUACUCCCAGCAGCAGCUACAGCAGUUAUUACAGACUCCUCCAAACCAACAGCUGCAGAAUCACGCACAACACCAGCAGUUGCCGCAGCAGCGGCAGCAGCAUCAAGAACCUCCACAGCAUCAACAGCUUCAGCAACAGCAGCAGCAGUCAAACCAGCAACAGAUAUGUCAACCACUUGUUAGUAAUGGUGUUGGUGCAACUAGUCAGAUUCCUAAUCAAAAUUUACAGCAACCAGCUAUGUUCUCUCAGCAUCAACAACAACAGUUAGGCACAGGCAAUGCCCAAUCCCAGCAAAGUGGGUACUCUAGCAAGAAUUCAGUUCAGUCGACAUCAGUUCCAAUGGACUCGCAGUAUCAGCAACAAAUGGAGUUGCAAUCAAAUCUCUUUCAAAAGCAACAGCAGCCGCAACAGCCUACACAUUUACAACAAAACCAACUUCAGUUUUUACAGCAUAACCUGCCUCAGAGGACACAGCAGCAGUCACAAUCACAACAAUUGUCACAACAGGGACUUUCAGAACAGCAGAUUCAGUUACAGCUUAUUCAAAAAUUUCAGCAACAGCAACAGCAGCAGCAGUUACUUUCUCCUACAAGUUCACAUAUGCAGCCUCAACUGCUCCAACAUCAGGGGAACCAGCAAAAUCAGCAUUUACAAUUGACGCCUCUUUCUCAACAUCAGCAACCAUUGAACAGCAACAGCUUUUCAACAGAAAAGCCUUUGAACAUCAACAACUUCUCCACCUCAACACUAACACAAUCACAACAGAUUCCUUCUAGCCAACCUCAGAGCCAGCACAAACCUCUGCUGGCAAUCAGAGCCAACUCUGGUCUUACAGACGGAGAUGCUCCAUCUUGUUCGACCUCUCCAUCCACUAAUAAUUGUCAAAUUUCCCCAUCAAACCUUUUGAACAGAAACCAGCAUGGACAAGCCAUGUUGGCUGGAGAUCCUGUGGCGGAACCUGCUAACAAUUUGCUUCAAGAGCUUCAAAGCAAGUCAGACAUUCGGAUUAAACAUGAAUUCCCAGGUUUAAAAGGACCAGAGCAGCUUAAAUAUAAAGGAAGUAUUCCAGAUCAAUUGGAAGCUUCCUCUUCCGGGACUUCAUACCUGGAUGCUAGCACAAUCCAGCAAAGUUUCCCACUUCCCACCUUCUGUCUGGAUGGUGAUGUCCAAUCAAAUCAUCGUAACAAUCUUUCUUUUGGAGCUAAUAUUGAUGGGUUGACACCGGAUACUUUGCUGUCUAGAGGGUAUGACUCUCAGAAAGAUCUUCAGAACUUGCUUUCUAAUUGUGGCGGCGCUCCAAGAGAUAUUGAGACUGAGUUGUCCACUGCUGCAAUCAGCUCUCAGUCGUUUGGGGUGCCAAACAUGAGUUUCAAGCCUGGAUGCUCAAGCGAUGUUGCCAUCAAUGAUGCUGGGGUUUUGAGCAAUGGAUUGUGGGCUAACCAAGCUCAACGAAUGAGAACAUACACGAAGGUUCAAAAGCGUGGUUCUGUGGGAAGAUGUAUUGAUGUCACCCGCUAUAAAGGGUAUGAUGAACUUAGACACGACUUGGCUCGCAUGUUUGGGAUUGAAGGGCAACUAGAAGAUCCACAGAGGACUGACUGGAAGCUAGUCUACGUAGACCACGAAAAUGACAUUCUUCUUGUUGGUGAUGAUCCAUGGCAGGAAUUCGUAAGCUGUGUUCAAAGUAUAAAAAUACUGUCAUCUGUCGAGGUACAGCAAAUGAGUUUGGAUGGAGAUUUAGGUCAGGUCCCAGUUUCCAACCAAGCUUGUAGUGGAACUGACAGCGGAAACGCAUGGAGAGGACAGUACGAGGAUACGUCUGCAGCCUCAUUUAAUCGUUAGGAACUAUGUAUCUUCUCUCAUGAAGUGUAGCCCUUCACUUUGGCAUCCCCCGGUGAUACUCGCGGACAUGAGCCCUUUCAUACAAGGCAAUGAUAACGCAGCUAGGGAAUGAUUGAAAGGUUCAUUGAAUCUCAUCACACAUGGUUUCACCAGUGAGGAUUCAAGCUCUGAUCCACCAGUAUGUCAUUUACACACGAGGGUGGGCCGAUUAUCUUAAUCAUAUAGGUGAGGAGAAAGAAUUGCUUUUAGCUUUUUAGGCAGGGAAUGGUUGUUUGCCGUGCUACUACACCAAGAAAAAUGGAAUUUUGGGAGUUGCACAUGCACUAUUCUGGGCUGAAAAUGGUGUACAAUAUAUAAGCCAUCUAACUAUUUUUAGAUUGAUUUAAUCAGUUUGUAAAUGCUGUGGGGUACUAAACAGUCACUGGUCAAAUAUGCAGUAACAGUAGGACUCUUUUGUGAUAUAUGGCUCUUUUUUUUGGCCAUCUCUUGACGUUCCCACGUUGACCACAACAACUAAACCUUCCUCUGAUUCAAUAGUGGUCGGAAUACAAGUUUUUAGCUUGUAACCCUACAUUUAUUUAUGACUUCUGGAAGAAAUACUUAAUACAAUUAUCAACUUUUUAUUUUACCA